AUGCUUCCACUAAUCCAACUUCGACCAGAUGUAACUGCACCCUUAUGUAAUUGUCGAAACACCGAUAAGGUAGAUGUGGCAAUUGAUGAGGAACACGCGGAUUUUGCAAGAACUCAAGAAGUAUCACUAGAUUCUUGCCGUUUGCUUGCAUUAGAGCAAAUCGCAUUUUAUAUGAUACAAAGAGACUACGACAGAAAUGCGACUCCCAAAUGCGCUCAGUAG